AUGCCAGCCUCUUCCACUUUCAAUCUUGUGAAGCCUGUUGUUGCUCACCAAAACUUGCCUGACAGUGAGAUCCCAAAGAUUAGCAAAAUAGUGGGUCCCAUUGGUGCCAUGUCAUCAUUUUUAAUGGAAUUUUUAACAAACUUGACGGUGAUUGAUAAAGUGAGACACAAAACAUCGGUUAAGGAGGGAAAGGGCACUGUAGCACUUAAGCCUUGA